UUGUAAAUUUGGUAAAUUUGGUCACUAAAUGAAUGGCUAUAAGUCAAGGACUACCAGUAUUUUCAUUCAAGCUGAUGUUAUUAUUGAAAUAACAGUAAUGGUAAUGGGAUUUUAUUAAUAUGACAUUCCUACUUUUUUAUCAAUUCUGUCUCACAUUUAAUACAGAAAACGAUGGCAAGGCUUCCAGAUUGAAUUUAGGUAAGCUUUUGUUCAACAAACACAAGGAUUCAGAUUGAAUAGGAUUGUAGCCUUCCAGCAUGCACAAAAAAGAAUUAAAUUUUGCUGUAUAAAAAUAUACAGAAAUGAAGUUUGAGGACAGCAUUAGAUAAAAAAAUGGGGGGAAGAUCCCAGUAUGACAUUCGGUCCCUAUCUGUAGACCAGUUCAAGCUCCUGACAAGCUCAUCAGGCGAUGUCCAUCAGGAUCUGUGGAAUUGUUUGGAAACAGCAAGGACAGAUUUGCCAGUGGGGCUUUCCUCAAAAAAAGAAAAAAGAAAAAAAGGUUUCAUUCAAAUAAAUUGAUUCUACACCAAAAACCAAGAUAACAAAAAAAACCUCACACAGUAAAUCAGUUUUAAACUAAAUUAUAUGUAGUAUUUUUAAAGAAAAUCAGCCCUGACCGGUCUUUGGAAGCUGAAGCUUAAAUAUUUUGCCCACCAAAUGAGAAAAUAGGACUCAUUGGAAAAGACCCUGAUGUCGGGAAAGACUGAAUGUGAAAGGAGGACAUGGCAGAGGAUGAGAUUAGAUAGCGUGUCAUGAAUUGGGCAAACUCUGGAAAGACAGUGGGGGUCGAGGGGGUCUGGCAUGCUAUGGUACAGGGGAUCGAGAAGAGGUGGACACAACUUAGUGUCUGAACAAAAAAAAUGUACCUAGUUAAUACAUAGAAUAUAAUGUCAUGUUUACAAAAACCUUAGAUUUUCCAUUACAUUUAAAAAUAAAAUAAAAAAAAUUACGGAAACCCGGACAGGGAUCGAAAAAGCCAGAUCUGGGUUUAAAAACCUAGCAUCCGCACCUCUGAGCAAGAGGCGGAGAAGGGAAGGAAAGGGAAGGGGCAGGGCGAAAAGGUCGGCGUCGAGGAAGGCAAGCCGAAGCAAAGGAACCACUACUUGCUGCCCGAGCGCCCCGCGAUGGUUUUAGUGGUGGUCAUGGGAGUGAGCGGCUCCGGGAAAUCCACAGUGGGCUCACUUCUGGCAGAUAAGCUAGGCUGGAAAUUCUAUGAGGGUGAUGAUUAUCAUCCAGAGGAGAACAGAAAGAAAAUGGCUGAAGGAAUACCUCUAACUGACCAGGAUAGGAUACCAUGGCUUUGCCAUCUACAUGACAUAUUAAUGAGAGCACAUGCAUCUGGACAAAAUGUCAUCUUAGCUUGCUCAGCUCUGAAAAAAGUGUAUCGGUGCAUUUUGGAGAACGGAGAGGCUGGUUGUCAGAGUCUGAAUAAUCAACAAGAAGAAAAGGAGUCCACUCCAAGAAAGAUCCUUUUUGUCCACCUGGCGGGGCCAAUAGAGCUCAUUGCCAGCCGUCUAGAAAAAAGAAGCGGACAUUUCAUGCCACCAAGUCUACUACAGUCUCAGUUUGAUACUCUUGAACUGCCACGUGUGCCAGAAAACUUUAUCACUGUUAAUUUGGAAAAGUCUGUUUCAGAAAUAGUAUCUGACAUUGAAAGACAUCUGAGAAGUUUGUACUGAUGUUUCUCCAGGUUUUCUUGUUUUGAAGCAGGAUAACCCCAAAUAAAAUGUUGCUCUCACAUAA